AUGCACAGCCGCACCCCGUACUCGCGUCUUGUGCGCUUCCACCCGUACAUCUUCGGCCGCCUCCUGGGCGAAGAUAUCUCUCCCGAGGUCAAGAUCGGCGAACCGGUCGAUCCCACCAUCGACAUCGGUCAAGUCAUGUACCAAGGCUUCCCUGGCGACCCUACCAUCAAGAUCAACGUCUACUCCGGCAGCUCCAUCCUCUCUCCUGGCCAGCCGACCGGUGAGCAGCUCACUCUUGGUCAGCUUCUCGCCCCUCUCUCCCAAUCCGAAGUGGGCACCAUCCGCUGUAUCGGCCUGAACUACGUCGAACAUGCCAAAGAAGCCGGUCUCGACCUGCCCACCGUCCCAACGCUCUUCAUGAAGCCUGCCACGGCCCUGGCUGGUCCCUGUCCGCAGCCUACCAUCAUCCCUCGCUCCUUCGUCGCCGACGAUGCGGCGGAUUGGGAAGCCGAAGUGGCCGUCAUCAUCGGUCAAUCCUGCAAGAACGUCCCCGAAUCUCAAGCGCUCGAUUACGUGCUGGGAAUCACAGCGGCGAACGACGUCUCCUCGAGGAAAGCACAAUUCGCCCAAUCCCAAUGGAGCUAUUCCAAAGGCUUUGAUGGCGCUUGUCCCCUCGGACCCGCUGUAGUUCCACUCACCGCCAUCGACGAGCUGUCCACGGUAAAGAUCCAGGCAAAGCUGAACGGGAGUGUGGUGCAGCAGAGCGGAUUGGACGAUCUCAUCUUUGGCAUUCCCAAGAUCGUCAGCUUCUUGUCGCAGGGAACGACGUUGCCUGCUGGCACGGUGAUUCUGACGGGAACGCCGGCGGGGGUGGGUUGGACCGCAAAGCCAAGGAGGACGCUCCAGCAUGGGGAUGUCUUCUCCGUGACGCUCUCACACGGUGUGGGCUCGCUCAUCAACGAGAUUCAGCACGAAGAGCCGGACGAGGAGCUCGACGAGUAG